UGGAACAUUUCUGCCAAUGUUGCUGCACUUCUGAUUCUUUCUUCUAUACUUCAGGCCGGGCAAGGGGAACCUCUGGUGCCAUGUGUGGUUGUGGGGCAGUUAAAAGAUGCAGCUGCAAAGGAACCACCGGGAACAUUAAAGUGUGCCCCAGAUUGUGCUUCUGCGAGCCUUGGGUGCACUUUAAAAUUAGCAGCAAAUCCAAGGCCCACUGGAAUCAGCUCCUCUUUCCCCCCCUUAGCAUCCUGGCUUCAACUCCACCUGGUCUGGAAGGAAGGAAUAAAGUAGGGAGCAUACAGUACUCUUAAGUUUGCACUCACAAAUAUUUCCUUUGAAGCUAAGUUACCUGACUUCUUACUGACACCAGGCGUAGACAUUUACUUGUCAAAGUGGUGUGGGGGGCUCAAGAAAUUAAGUUCCACCUCAAGAAAUUUAGUUCCACCUGCUCCCCAGCCUUGCUUUAGAGCCACUUGCCCUAUACAAGAUAAUUUUGGCCAUUCUUUUUGUCUGUGCUUGGUAGUAUCUAGCAUACUUUGAUAACUUUGGGAGUCUUUAAAAGAAAUCCCAAAUGAGGGUGUAGAUUAGAAGGCUUCCGUUGUGCAGAUUGAACUUGUCGGUCCCUUCCCCCGCCAGAAGUAUGUCAGAGGGAACAACACAUGCUCUUCCUCUGUCUACUCCUGCUUUCUGCCUUUCUUGUUCUCCUGCGCCAUAUCAGUGGGUGCUAAAAGCAACUUUUCAUAUUGCACAUUGGAGCCCGAGGCACACAAUGUAUGCAAGAUAUAUGCUUUGUAUGGACAGCUGCUUUGGGCAACUCUACAUGGCGGUUAAGUUACGCACUGGCCACAUAUUCAGGGUGACUUUCCACUCCAGCCUUCUAUUACUUAACAGUGGCUGUCACACGGCUCCUUUCUGCUGCAUGGAGAGUUUCCUGGCUGGCACCAGCUGCCCUUUGGGGAAGCCCAAGGCUGGUAAGGAAACACUUCACACAAUAGCAGGGCAUUGCUAGCUAAUUAGUAAUGUGGCCUUUCUGGUUUUCCAUUUCGGAUGGGAAGAUUUUACAGUUUCCAGGGCAAAUUAGGUACGUAGUACGAUGAGUACCUGUUGCCAUUGUUUCCCAACUUUAUCCCCGAUACAUCUUAUCUUCCACAUGCGGCUGACACAAUAUCCUCGGAAAGAAAAUGCUUACACAGGAUAGGUUGUGGGCUGGAGCACGGAGAAAAUUGUUAAAAGCCAUUAGAUUUAUUUCCGUUUUUUUUUCCAGAAGAGAAGACAUAUGCACUCCACUAUAACAAAUGAAAAUUUGCUCUCUCUUUAGGGAAAGAGGCCAUUAGGGUAAUUUGCAUCAGGAAAUUUUCACUUUGCAUGGGAAAUUUUUCUGCUGUCCGAGAGAGAGAGAGAGAGAGAGAGAGAGAGAGAGAGAGAGAUCUCAUUUAACUAGCAUUUAUCUUAAUUGUAUUUAGGAAACACAGCUUUUUCAAAAAGUACCCUAUGAUUAUUAUUAUUAUUGUCAUACUACACCACAGAGAUUGGGACUAAUGUACUUCAACUUUGAAACAGCCAGGCUUGCCCAAUACAGUGGAACCUCGGUUUAUGAACACCUCGGUUUACGAAUUUUCGGUUUACGAACGCCGCGGACCCAUCUGGAACGGAUUAAUUCACUUUCCAUUACUUUCAAUGGGAAAGUUCGCUUCAGUUUAUGAAUGCUUCAGUUUAUGAACAGACUUCCGGAACCAAUUACACCCAUGCUUCGGGUUAAGUACGCUUCAGGUUGAGUACUCCGUGGACCCGUCUGGAAUGGAUUAAUCCACUUUCCAUUACUUUUGUGAGGGACAAGGGAUAUCGGGAGGUCCCUCCCAUCUUGAGUUCCAGCCCAUCUCCGAGAGCUGGGGAAAGCAGGGAGAGUUCCGACUCAAGUGGAGAAGCAGGAAGUGGUGUCCGAGGCUCAGGCAAGGUAGCAGAGCCAUUGCCCAAGGUGGGACAGGAAGGGGGGAGCAAGGGGGGAAGGCCAAUCCCACCGACUCCGGAAUUGCACAAGAAACGUCGGGGGAAGAGGCUGGGUCUCCCCAAGCUUUUAUGCUGGAGAAGAACGCGCCAAACUCCAUUCGGAGGUACUGAAGAAAACGGAUAAGAUGUAUCUCUGUAAAUAGCACUGCCUUUAGCACUGUAAAUACACAGCACCAAUAAAAGGAUAAAAUGCAGAGCUGUGUGGAGUCGUUACUCUGAAGUAGCCCACCCAGGCCACUGUGACAACUUUCAAUGGGAGAGUUCGCUUCAGUUUAUGAACGCUUCAGUUUAAGUACUCCACGGACCAUCUGGAACAGAUUAAUCCACUUUCCAUUACUUUAAUGGGAAAGUUCGCUUCAGUUUAUGAACACUUCAGUUUAUGAACAGACUUCCGGAACCAAUUGUGCUCAUAAACCGAGGUACCACUGUAUUGCAUUUGCAACUGGAAUUGCAUUCAUUGUUACUAAUGAGUUUAUGAAAUUUGAAAAUUUUCCAUGGGAAAAACAAAGCACUGGGAAAAAAUUUCCCAGACAAUGUUCUUCCCAAACAUUGCUGAUGCCAAUCAGUACUAGAUACGUAAGCCACCAUGGAGGAAGUGGCCAGGGUUGCAAAUAAGCUAACCUAUAGAGUCAUUGUACAACAUCGUCCAGGUGGUUCUUCGGCUGAUGAGGGGGCAAUGACUUGCCUUCCAUCCUAUUGACCAGUAUUUCCCAAACUUGGGUCUCCAGCUGUUUCCAGACUACAAUUCCCAUCAUCCCUGACCCCUGGUCUUCCUACCUAGGGACAAUAGGAGCUGUAGUCCAAAAACAGCUGGAGACCCAAGUUUGGGAAACCCUGCUAUCAACUGUUUAACUGCAACAGUGUAUGUGAGUGUUCCUGGGUUCCAUAAACUCUUGUUACUGAAUGCUCUGCAAUAUGGCUCCUUCCACUUUCUGGAUUUUAUGACAUCUCCUAAGGAUACUGAGCACUGAACAGAAGCAAGACUGAAACAUCCCUGAGGUUCAGAACAUGGGGGCUGUUCCCUUACUGCAUGACAGAGCAGAAACAUCGAAGGGUGGGGAGAAAAAUCUGAAUUACUAGAUGAAAAAAUAGAUGCCUUUCCCCUCUGUGCCCGCACACAUGCGGAACCAGCUCAGCCUUAUUGAAGUGGAGGAUGCAGUGCUAUGUAGUUGGAGGUGUGGGCCAAAUACUCUUCUUGUAAACCACCCAAGUCUCACCUUUUCUGGAGGAGGAACGGAUAAUCAGCAAGACACUGAUUAGAUCAUGGCAAUUACCCCACUUCCUCCAAGGUCCUUCCCAGCUACCUGUUACUCCUCCAGCACAGGGCUGGAGAGAGGAGACAGUGCAAAAGUCAAGUCUUGUGUUGUGGGCAAAGCUCAGCUUCUGGGCAUUGGUGAUGGGUCUUUUCAGCUGCCUUGGUAGAAGAGCGGUUGGGAAGAGAGAUCUCGAGAUCCUGGUUGCUGAUGUUCCUCAGAAAGGUUUGGCUAAUAGAAGAAGUUUCAGGUGUGGCUUGGUUGUUUUCCAGUUCCAUCUCCGCUUGUUUUCUACUUCUCUUACUCUUUUACCUCUUCUGUUUCCCCUGCACUCCCCUUUCCCUAUGGAGAAAAUUUUUUAAUUGUAUAAUCUGAACAAUGUAGUUUAAGGUGAUGAGUAGAGUUGGGAAUGCAAGAUUCUGUACAGUCAUACCUCUAGAUACGAAUGCUGUGGGUUGCAUACAACACGGGUUAUGUAUGCGCCAAACCCGGAAGUAACGGAAUGGGUUAUUUCUGGGUUUGGUGAUUUGCGCAUGCGCAGACGCACCAAAUGACACCAUGUGCAUGCGCAGAAGUGCCAAAUUAUGCGGGGAGCAUGCACAGAUUCGGCGCUUCAGGGUAAGCACUGCUCUGGAUGCGUACGGGGCUCCAGAACGGAUCCCGUUCAUAUCCAGAGGUAAUAAUAAUAAUAAUAAUAAUAAUUUAUUACUUAUACCCCGCCCAUCUGGCUGGGUUUCCCCAGCCACUCUGGGCAGCUUCCAGAAGGAUAUUAAAAUACAAUAAUCUAUUAAACCUUAAAAGCUUCCCUAAACAGGGCUGCCUUCAGGGCUGUAUUCUUAAGAACAGGAUAGCUCAGUUGGUUGGAGUUUGAUGCUGAUAACAGCAAGGUUGCAAGUUUGAUCCCCGUAUGGGACAGCUGCAUAUUCCUGCCUUGCAAGGGGCUGGACAAACUUGGUCCUCCAGCUGUUUUGGGACUACAACUCCCAUCAUCCCUAGCUAACAGGACCAGUGGUCAGGGAUGAUGGGAAUUGUAGUCCCAAAACUGGACUAGAUGAUCCUCAAGGUGCCUUCCAGCCCUACAAUUCUAGGAUUUUAUUAUAAGAAGGGCCAUGUUGGAUUAGGACAAAUGCCCAUCUAGCCCAGCAUGCUGUUCUCACGGCAACCAACCGGAUGCCCCCAAUGGGAAACCCAGAAGCAGGUCUUGAGUGUAGCAGUCCUCUCCUCACUUGUGGUCCCCAGCAACUGCUGGCGAUUCAUCAAGAAUCUAGCUACUACAUGAUGCUCAGGUCCCUUGGAGCCCUAUAAAUUAAAGCCCGCUACCCAAAGAAGGAUUUCAUGUGUCAAUGUUAUAAACUCAGAUAUACAGUGGUACCUCGUGUUAUGGAUGGGAUCCAUUUCGGAGGCCCGUCUGUAACCUGAAAAGCCCGCAACUCAAAGCGCCUUGUCUGCGAUUUGGCGCUUUUGCAGGUUGCCGCGGGACACAAGAUGAAAACACGCAACCUGAAGCGGACGUAACAUGAGGUAUGACUGUAUAAGCUUAGUGCCAAAUGGCUCCUUCCUUAAACCAGGGUUGCAGUUGCCAAAACAGAAUGUCUAGUUGCCAUUCGGGGGCCAGAUGGCUCAAAAGUUGUAUUCUUCCAUACGACUUUUUGGUUCCUGACAUUCGUUCUGAUUGUGCAGAUAAAAUAUUGCAGAUAGAUUCCUUCAGGAUGUGUUGUUAGUGUGUGAAAACAGGCAAGAUCCAAGGAUCCCCGGGCAUGCACCUCCAGAUGGUGGAGACAUCAGGCACCAUCCUGGCACCUGGGCAUCUUCACUUGGUCACAAGUGGCCAAUAGCCAGAUGCAAAAUGUGCCUGGCGCCUGGCUAAUUUCAAACGCUGUGAUGCAUCCGUUUCCCAAGCUCCCUGUGACAUUUUCUUUUUAAACUGGACAGCACCUUGCCUCUUUGGCAGUGGGAACAGCAGAGAACUUCUGCCUGCCAUGCGUGAAUUAUUAUUUUUAGGUGGCAACUUAUGUUCCCUGUAUUCUUAUUAGUGUGGACAUUUGCCUUCUGUUGGUUGCAUUCAGUAUGUGGUAUAAGGUUCUUAGAAGAUGGGUGAGACAAAGGAAGAAAUGUGAGUCCUUUAUAUUGUAGCAGUAUAGUCGAUAAGAGAGCUUUAAAGCCAUAAGGUAAAUAAAAGGAAUCGCCUUACCAACUUUGUCCCCCAAGCCUCCUUCCCACUGCAGGAUAUCCUGGUUCUGUCUUUGUGUGCCUGUUUUCUUUCUUGUCCUCCUCCACACUUUCUUUCCUUGUGUCUAAAUGUGUUGGCAGAUGCUGGCAUUACUUGGCUGCAGGAAUGUGUGGGUGGCGUUUGCUUGGCUGCCACACCCCAGAACUACGCUCACAUAUUUUAAAAAGCAGGGCACUACAAUAGCAUGAGCAUGAAAAGAAAAACAGAAAAAGAAUUCUGUGGUGCAGUCGCUGUAAAUGUCCGUAAACUUUGUUCCCAAUACAAAACACAUGUUUGCUUUUUCUUGUACAGUAAGUGUCUUUGAAAAUAUGAUCAUUGGAUAUGUGUGUGGAUUGAGGUGGGGCAGGGAAGAAAUGGCUGUUGAGUCAUAGAAUUGUACAGUUGUGUACGUCUGUCUGUCUGUCUCUUGUCUCUCUCUAUAUAUAUCUAUACAGUAGAAUCUCGGCUUAUGUUACCCUCGGGUUGCGAAAGCGGCAAACCCAGAAGUAUUUUUUCCAGGUUUCACCGCAUGCACAGAAGUGCUCUAUCGCGCCAUGUGCAGAAGCAACACCUCCGGUUGCGGAAACCUUGGGAUCCGACUGGAGCUCUGGAAUGGAUCCUGUCCGCAACCGGAGGUACCACUGCAUUCUUUCUCGGUUGGUCGGUCUUUCUCUCUCUAGAUCAGAGCUUUCCAAACUCUGUCGCGACACGUUAGUGUGUCGGCUGCAGUGUGUAGGUGUGUCGUGCAAAUGCUCUUAUAAUGGGCUAGUUUAACCUCUGGUUUGCUAGUAAAACUAAAUUACUGUGUCACGAAAUGAUUCAUGUCUGAAAAGUGUGUCACCAACAUGAAAAGUUUGAAAAGCUCUAGAUACACACAUACACUCUAGUCACCUGGGUCUGUACUGCUAGAGUAUAAUAUCUUCUUUUGCAGGCAAAAGCACUGAGCAUAAGGCACUUGCAUCAGAGACGGUUAAAACAUCAGCAGAAAGAAAAGGCCAGGUUUUGCAAAUGGCCAUUCUUUGAUGAUUUUAAUGCAGUAUGACACAGGUCAGAUUCACAUAUUGGGUGCUUUAAAUGCGCAUGGAAGCACAAUGAUUAGCUAAAGCUAAUGUGUCAAGACUUUUCAGCAAAUGGAAAAUUGUUGCUUUUUCUGUGUGCAGAUUUGGCCUUUGAGGACACAAGGUUUCACUCAGAAAAAAAGUGGCCUUUUGGUUUUGGUUUUCUUUUGGCCUUAACUUUACUUCUUUUUAUGUUGAUGACAAAUCCUACACAUUUAUAGCAGUUCUGAGCUUCUCUUAAACUCAGAAGUACAGGCAAUCCUUGUUUUGUGCAGAGGUUACAUUCUGGACCCCUGCGCGCGUUGACAGGAUCCGCAUAAAGCAUUUUGCCCCUGUUUCAACCCACCCUACCCUUUUAGUGGCAUUUUAGUGAUGUUUUUUGGUCACUUCUGGGUUCGGUGCCGUGCGCGCAUGCACAAUUGUGUGUCAAUGGGACGCGCACAAAUCAGUUGUUGCCUGUAUCUGCCUGUAACGUGUGUGUGUGUGUGUGUGUGUGUGUGUGUGUGUGUGUGUGUGUGUUGAGAGAGAGAAGGAAGGAGAGAGGGAGAGUUUGAAUUGACAACAGCUCAAAAAUCAAUAACAGUUGAAUAUCCUGAACAAUAUUAAAACAAAGUGGGAGUUUAAAACACCUGCCAGUUUUGAUUUUCGCUUUUAAGUGUGCUUGUCAGAACGCAAUCCAAGGGCCAAAUUGGAUAUGACAGGAAAGUCUUAUCCAAUUGUGAAACGCCCAGGGCAUUUUAAUGGAAACCUUCCAUAGGGGCAGAACAAUUUGAGUAUCCUAGGUGAGAUGUAACCUUACUAGAAAUGCUCAAUAAGUUGCAUUCUUGUGCUCUUUCGGAGGGUUUCCAUUGGAACUCAUUGGACAUGCAGUUAUUUUAUUAAGGUUCUAAGUAUACAGAAUUCAUUCGGGAUUAUUUGAUGCUGCUUUUUUACGCUUCGAUAGAUAGAUAGAUAGAUGAUGGAUCAAUCCGUCCGUCCAUAUGCCCUACUCUGGCUUACCUAAGUAGCUCUCUUGUUUGUGCCCUUGGAAGGCACCUUUCUGAAAUCCACCCUGUGUUGCAGUGUGGAUGGAGAGUAUACAUUUGUUCAGUGCUUGCAAACAGGAAACAGCUCCACUGGAGAAGAAUGUUUGAGUAGGAGGGAAUUCCAGGCUUUGCCUCUGUAGCCUUGGCCAUUGCCACUGACUGCAGACAUGCCUCUCAUUUACUUGUGUAAACACAGAAAGAUUAAUGAGAUGGCAUAGCAAUGUGUGAAAUUGCAGAAAGGAUAAAAUAGCUGUUUUUAGUCUUCUGGGAAACUUGGGGGCUUUGUGGCCUAUGACCUGGCAACAUCCAGCAUGGUUCUGUUUAACUUCACGUUCACUGCCUCGGUUCCUGUCUUGGUGCUGCAAGAUACCCCAAGGAGAAUUUUGUUUUUAGAUCAAAAGGAAAGAGGCAGGGAUGCUCUAGCAAGGCAUGGCCAACGCAGCUUAGUUGUUAUUAAUAUUUAUUAAUUGAGAUGCUACUCAUUUAUUUAUUUUAAAAAUUAUUUUAUGCACAAAACUCCAACAUGCCUCUGUACACUAGGGACACUUCAGGAGGAAAAAAAAAUAAGACAAUGCACUCCUUUUUUAGACCUUCAAAUACGUGGGGUACUUUCAGUAUGCAAAGCAGUAGAUAGCCAUAUUUAAUUUAAGCAAUAAUUGGAAAUUAUUACACUGUACUUAAUUUGGAUGGUGGCACUGAUGUGCAUGCUUGCACUUUGUGGCAAGCUAGGCGUAAUGCUGGUAGUCCCAUCAAUUGUUGUCAAAUCCCUACAAAGCAGAGCACAUGUGCAGUAGAGCAUGAGUUGUUUGGAGGAAAGUGCCAAGCUGCUCCCCAUCUAUUUUUCUCUCUCUACCAGUGAGCCUCUCUAAAAGCAGAAGAAAUCCCUGCCAAGAGAAAAAUGACUGGGGGAAAAUAGUUUCAGGGAGAAGGGCUGUAGCUCAUGACACACAUCUGCAUGAACUUUGCAGGUGCUAAUAUUUAUGUAUAGAUGAAUUCAGAUGGACUUUCAGAAGGCCACCCUGUAAGCAAAGUUUUAAAAUGGGGGGAGGAAAACUUAAGGCCUGGGGCAAAAUACCUAGGUCUCAGGGCUUGGGAAGACAGGUGAACUAAUACCAGUGUAGUAUAAGAAGCAAAGAUCACCAGUGUUGAAGCAACGAUUCUUCAACAUCAACUUCGUCGGACUGGUCAUGUUGUUCGGAUGCCUGAUGAUCGUCUUCCAAAGCAACUACUCUAUUCCGAACUUAAAAAUGGAAAGUGUAAUGCUGGUGGUCAACAAAAUAGGUUUAAAGGCUGUCUCAAGACAAAUCUAAAAAAAAUGUACUGUAGCAUAAACACCAACAAUUGGAAAACACUUGCCUGCGAGCGCUCCAGUUGGAGAACAGCCUUUACCAAAGGUGUCAUGGGCUUUGAAGACACUCGAACUCAGGACGCAAGGGAGAAAUGUUCUAAGAGGAAGGCACGCUUGGCAAAUCCACACAAUGAUCAACUCCCGCCCGGAGACCGAUGUCCCCACUGUGGAAGGACGUAUGGUUCCAGAAUUGGCCUCCACAGUCACUUACAGACUCAUUGUUAAAACCGUGCUUAUGGAAAAGAAUCUUACUAGGCUACGAGUGGUCGCAGAAGAAGAAGAAGAAGAAGAAGAAGAAGAAGAAGAAGAAGAAGAAGAAGAAGAAGAAGAAGAAGAAGAAGAAGAAGAAGAAGAAGAAGAAGAAGAAGAAGUGGAGCACCCCUGUUCCUCAGAAGCAAACCACCAGGCUCUUUGAACGAGCCACUGGUUUUAACCACUGAAUGACUUGCUUUAAAGCACUAAAUGAGGGUUAGACAUACCUGCUAAAGGCAAAGAUACCUUUGCAUUAAAUAAAGAGUUGGCUGGCUUGUAUCAAUGACAACUUUGCUAAUAUUGCAUUGCUUUUUUGCAGUUUAAUUUUGCAUAUAAGCAAGAGCUGGCCUUUCAACAUUGCUGUACAGUGGACGCUCGGGUUGCAAACAUGAUCCGUGCGGGAGGCAUGUUCGCAACCCACAGCGCCAUGUCUGCGCACACGCGAGUCGUGAUUCGGCACUUCUGCACAUGCGCAAAGCACGAUUUAGCUUUUCUGUGCAUGCGCGAGCACCAAAACCCAAAAGUAACCCGUUCCGGUACUUCCAGGUUCGGCGCGGUGCACAACCUGAAAACGCGCAACCUGAAGUGUCUGUAAUCCGAGGUAUGACUGUAUUCUCCACUCAAAAACCCAACUGUUUCCCACCUCCUUAAAUGUGAAAGAGCACCUCUGGAAGUGGUGCUACUUUGGUGGAAUAAUGCUGUGCUUAUCACAUUUCCCUUCCAACCCAGCCUUGGCACAUGAUAACAGAGUUCUAGGAACCUAAAAAGACAGGCUUAGGAUGGAGGAAUCAAGCUGCAUUAGCUUGGCCUAAUUCCCAGCAUGCUAUUGUCAGCAAUGUGGCUUCAUCUUGAUUGCAACCAACAAUUUUUUUUAUAGAGGAUUGUGGCUUUGUGCAACUGAAAUCCUAAUAAGCUUCUAAGUGCUUUAGUUUUUACUAUCCUCUCUGCAAACCUUUGGUGUGGUGUUGGCAGAAUUAUGUAAAGGCAAACUUUAUGUGGUGGCCUAAAUCAACAUUCCCCUUCUGUGCUAUCCCCACUCUAGAUGGUUCCAGGUUCAAUCCCCAACGCCUCCAGCUAAGGCUGGGACAGACCCGUUUUUUAAUUGCGUUUUUAUUUCUUAAUUGUUUUUUGUUGCAUUGCAGUUUGAAUUCGGUAGAAUUCAAAUUGCAGUAGAAUAAAAUACAGUAUAAGAAAUCAAAGGAGCGAUACAAAUACAAUGGGGGAAAAUGCAGCAUCUAGUAAAGUGAGCUACAAUUGCUACAACAGGCAGAAAAGUCAUUAGCAAAUUUCACAUGGUCCAUGGGGCAAAAGGUUUGGGAAUCACUGGAGCAGACCCAUUGAAAUGAGUGGGCAUAAGUUAGUAACAUUCAAGAAUUUCAAUGGAUCUGCUUUGAGUAUGACUAACUUUGGAUACACCUUUAUAAAAGCUAAAAUAGUGUAAAAUCCAGGAUUCCUUAAGGAGGAAGGAGCAUGGGCUACUUUCAAGCCAUUUAUCCAAAUAAUGACUUUCCCUUUUCUGUUUUGCUUACAUUGAGUUGAACAGCUUAUUCCUAUUUUAUUUAUAUACUGUAUUUCCUCUCAAGGAGCAAAGGACAUGUUUAAUACUAUGCUAAAAAUAACUAAAAUAGCAGCAGAGUCACAAUAUCAACACAGCAGGGCAUUUAUGACGGUUCUGGAGAAUGAACUAUUGAAAUCUUACUUUGAGCAAAGAUGCAUCAUUUGAAAAGGAAAUGCCUGAUGUUUAUGUAGGCUGUUUUGCAGGAGCCUCUAGGGGUGCAGCAUUUUGUCAGUUAAUUGGUUAGAUGUGUCAACUAAAAGUCCUUUGAUUGCCUAAGAAGAUGCCCUUAGUUAAUUGAGCAGAAUGCUUUCCAAGGGUGUUAAUGGUUUUUUUUUCCAUAUAACUUACAUGUAACAGCUGUAGAUACGACUGGCUCCCUUAGAAGAGGCAUUUCCCCUUUUUAUGUGCAAGAGGAAUGAACACCUAUUUAGGCGUUGGCUGCAACACAGUGAUCUGGUUUGCUCAACACUGUAAGGCAGAUGAUGGCUUAGCAAGACCAUGCAGAUAGGCAGGCUCCCAGAGAGAAGCUCACAGCCGCUUUCCUCCUCUCCUCCCUGGCCAUUUUUACUGCUGUGCUAAGUCAAGGUUUGGCUUAGGAUCUUGUCCGAACCGAGGCUCACAGUUAAGCCAACUACAAGCCUUAACCUUGAUUAACACUCUUGGUUAGCAAAACUUAACCAUGAGCUUUGCUUUGUACAACAUGCGAAACCAAACCUUGGUGUGGCAGUAAAAAGGACCAGGAAGAAGCAAAGCAGCUGCAAACGCCUCUCUAAUAACCUUCAUAUUUGCGUGGACUUCCUAAACCAUAGCUUGUUUUACCGUGUUGUGUGAAUCAUCUUACUCUCCUUAUCCAUCACAGAUCAGGACCCUGGACAAGACUGGAGGUGCUGAUCCAGAGGCUGGCUAAAUCUCAGAACCUUGGCCAGCAAUCCUUUGGUUAAGAAGACUUAGCAAUGCCCUGGAGCAACUACCCGGGUUUUACGGUCCAACAAAGAAAGUCAGUCUGAAGGUUCUACUCCCCUGAAGGCUGCAACUUAGACGAAGCGACCCUGUGGGCCGACCGCACUCCUGGCAUUCUGCCAAGUUCAUAGAGAACCAGCCCGAUCUCAGUAUGAUGCAAAUAUCUCCUGGCAUGAUUGGCACUCCUUGGCAUCAAGCCUACCAUUCCAGUUCCUCCACAAGCGAUCUCUCCAGCUAUGAGCAUGGCUAUUUAAGAAGAAGUCCUGACCAGUACAGCUCUAGGGGAAGCAUGGAGAGUUUGGACCAUACCCCUGCGGGGUAUACCCAUCACCCCUGCCACCUUUCGCCAGCCAAAUCCACCAAUAGUAUUGACCAGCUUGCCCAUCUCCACAACAAGAGGGAUUCCGCAUACAGCUCUUUCUCAACCAGCUCCAGCAUUCCCGAAUAUCUGGCGCCCACAUUCUGCAAGGAGAGGUCCUAUUCCAUGGAGAACGUACAUUCCCGGGGCAGACCGCAAGAAGGGGGAAUGAGGCAGGCCGACAUCAGGUACAUUAAAACUGUCUACAAUGCCCAGCGAGGCGUUUCGGAGGAAUACGAAGUGAAGUCCUCUGCUCUUUCGCCAAACUUUGAGUCUCAGGCUAAAGGAUACGGCUAUAGCAGGUUGCAUGGCUACAACAAGGGUCUACCGACUCGGAGCUCGUCUGACAGCGAUAGCCACUAUAUGAAGGGGGCCCCUAUGCCACCGACCCGUAGUGACAGUUACGCAGCAACCAGGCACCACGAGAGGCCCAGCUCCUGGUCUAGCCUUGAACACAGGAAGUCCUGUAGGACUCACCCCAAAAGUGCUUGGCCUCACCUAGGCCAGGGCACCCCUCCUCCAGGGCAUCUCCAGAAACCUGCAUUCCUAGAAGGACAGCUCCACACUGUGAUGGAGAAGAGCCCAGAGAGCAGUCCCACCAUGAAGCCCAAACAAGUUUACUCGCAGGCAGCUCAGCCAGGGCAGCCUUUGCUUCCUACUGGUGUUUACCCUGUCCCUUCUCCUGAGCCCCACUUUGCCCAGGUUCCUCACCCUUCCACAAGCAACAGCGGGAUGCUUUACCCAGCGCUUGCCAAAGAGAGUGGGUACGCACACGCCCCUGCGUCUUCUCCAUCCUCGUACGAAAACGUUGCAGCCUGCAGGCAGCAUGCUGGCUUAGAUGAGAACGGAAACCAAAGCCCGCCGAACAAGGCUUCCAUAUUCUACCAGCCUGAGUACGUGCCAGGGAAGAAGCAGGAAGUGGAAGACGCAGCUCCAAAGUUCAUCUUGUACAGGAUGCACCCUGAAGCCUACCCUGCAUCUCCCAGGCAGGAUGAGUUGGCACCGCCGUAUAUGACAACAGCUUUGAUCCAGGAAAGUGCCAGAAACGCACAGCACUCGAACCACAGCUCUCAGGCACGCCUGCCUCAUCCGAGGGAUACGAUUGACAGCAAAGCCCUCUGCCAUUCAAAGGGGUAUGGGGCAGGAGAGCAGAAGGAAGAUAAGAACGCAAACCUGCAGAGAGAUCCCACAGCUCAAAACCAGUGGAACCCCAGUAAGGCCAAACAGCAUGCUUUUUCCUCCUUGCAAAACAUCCCGGAGAGCAGCAAGCUGCAGAACAGCUCAGAUCUGAAGGAGGUACCACAGUGCAAGAGCUACUCCGGUGCCAAGUGGCAUUUUGUGAAUUACAGCAGCCAAGCGGAGAAUGUAUGUCAGGGGCAGAUCCCUGGGCACUGGCAGGAUGGCGAGUGGCACAGCUUAGAUGGGUACCAGGACACCAUUGCCAGCGCAGAGGAUUUCCAUGGGGUGGAGCCAAAGUACAAGGAGCCCUCUCCACCAAUGGCCCCUAAGAUGUCAGACUUAAAUAUUCACCAGCUGGGUUCUAGCAACCUCCAGAACACUCAGUAUGGGCAACUGCACUCUCGGAAGGCCCGAUGCUCUGUCCUGGAGAAGGUCAGCAAGAUAGAGCAACGUGAACAAGGCUGCCAGUGGCUGCAGAGACUCAGCCCAAACAGUUUCAGCCAGAAUUUCAGCUCAGCCAAGCCCAACCUCAACCAUGUUGAGGACAUCCGAAAGAGGCGGAACUCUCAAGAGCAUCUUCACUUGCUUGGAGAUCAUAGCCGCCUGGCCAGCGCAAGGAGCUCAGACCCAGCCGCAUAUAUGCAGCGCCCAAGCAAGAGUGGGGCUGGCAGACCAGAGAGGGCUAAUUGGCACGGUGCAGAGCAGCAGAUGGAGGCAGCAAGUGCUGCUGUGGUGAUGCCAGGAUGGCACAGCAUCUAUAAUCAGGCCGGGAGCUCUGAUAGCGAGCCACCGAAACCGGCUGCGCAGCUGCCGCAAAGCAGAAGUGCUUUCCAGUUGUCGGAGGAGCGUGAGAGAGAAAUGUUGUGGAAGGGCAGCGCCCAGGACUCGAACGGCUCGCAGCUGGACCUCCCCUUUAGCAGGGCUUAUAGGAACAGCAUCAAAGAUGCCCAGUCAAAGGUUCUGAGGGCCACCUCCUUCAGCCGCAAGGACCUCAACAUCAGCCCUCAGUGUGGGAAGGAGCCCAGAAGGAGUGUGCAAAGGCCAACAUCAGCACAUGUUGGGAUGAGGAGCAUGGCAGCGUCUCCCCAUACCCCAAAGGAGAGGCAUAGCAUCACACCAACAGAGACCAAGCUGGAUUAUCCCAACAAAGAGAGUCUUUCUGCACCUCUGCACGUGGCACGCAUUGGGGGCAGGAGGCGCCUGAACCCCGACCAGAAAAAGAAGUCUUACUCCGAGCCGGAGAAGAUGAAUGAAGUGGGUGUGUCUGACAGUGAGCUGUCGCCCUUCUCCCACCAGCAGAAAGCCCUCCAGUUUGUUUUCCCAGAGAGUACGGUGGCUGACCGUCGCAAGAUAUUUGAGAGGGAGAACAAGGCGUGCUCCACCAUCAAUCUUUCCAAGCCGGAGCUGAAGCAGCUGCAGCAAAACGCGCUGGCAGAUUACAUUGAGCGCAAAACUGGGAAGCGGCCCUCUUCUGCAUCCCAAGACUCCAGCUUCCUGCAGGAGGGCUCUCAGUCCUCUUGCACGCAAACAGGUCCCCAAGAGGGGCAGUCUCUUUCAUCCUCAUCCAGCAUGAAUUCUCUCCAGGACCACAGUCUUUGCCAUCGCCGGGAGUCCCUGGAGCCGGUCUCUAGAGCAGGGCGUGGCUUUGCCACUCUUCCUCCUGGGCUUACGGGCUGCUUCGAUCCCAGCGGACCUGAGGGCAGGAAGGUGACCAGCCCAAAUAACGGCAGCAGGAGCAGCUCCUUUCCCAGUUGGCUAAAAGCAGACCAGCGUCAGGAUUGCAGAGCUGACCCAGAGCUCACCAAAAGCACCCAGACAGAUCUUGACGUGUGCACCAAGCCUUGCCAUGUUAAUAACCAAGUUCUGGAGAAGAGGUCGGCACCCACCAAGAAGCCCGGGAAGUCGGCCUCUGCAGAGGACCUGCUGGAGAGAUCAGAAAACCAGGCAGUCGCUGUGCACAUCCGAUCCAGGUCGUCUCCCACAGCGGAUAAAAUGUGCCAGGACAUCCUGGUGGGAGAAGGUAGUGAGUUCAGCCAUUUUGUGAAAGAUCCUUUCUAUGUAGUGGCUGCUGGCACCAGAUCAUUUGGCAGCAAAGAUAGAAGUCAAAAGGAGAAAUCGGCGUUCACACAAUAUCGUCCCCACACUCGCCAUAGCAAUGAGAGUGUCAGCACCUCGUUCAUACCGAAUGAGAGGCAGAAAGCUCCAGAUCUCCUCAGGCACCUCAGCAGGACCUCAGCAUUUACAUCACCUUCAGCAGAUACGAAGGGCCAUCCUCCUGAACCUAAGCCAGGCCCCAGGCUCGUUACCCCUUCCAGAUUUGGUUGGUCGUCAUCUAGCGGUGCUAACCCCAUGCCAGCUCCCUCAGAGUUCCAGGUUGCUGGUGAAAACCUAGUAACAAGAUGGCACCCCAGACCUGAGAGGGAUGACAUUGUCCAGGGCCAGGUUCCGGAAAGUUCCAACGGCCCACCCAAAGAGCCAGUGGAAGAAAUUACCUGGAGAUGGAAGUCAACCCUGCCUCUGAGGCACCUCCCGCCUACAACUAAACGGAUCAAAGAGGACAGCCCCUCCAGGAGUGCCAUGCCUUUUCAGACAACUGGGCAGAAAGCCUCCCAGAGGUGGCAAAGCCUUCCAUCUCAAAACAGCUCCUCUUCUGAGCCAGAGACUCCUUCUGGCCAAAGCAGGCUCUCCCUCCGCAUCUCAGAGUCCUGCCUGCAGGUGUCUCCUCAGGAAGAGGGCGAUGACGACGUUUUCUUCCAGCCUCGUGUUUUGGAUGCCACCUAUGAGCUUUCACCCCUUCCGCCUCCACUCCCUGCUCAGAGCCCCAACGCCGCUGAAAACACCAUGGAACAAUUCCCUCCUCCUCCUGCUGGCAUGCUGGAAGAGGACAAGACAGCAGUCGGAAACGCUGCCAGCCUUGGAGAGGAGGGGUCUGCACCCAGAACCCUCAAAAGGAUUCCCAGGAACUUUGGCGAGAGAGAGGAAAUGGGACCAAACUCUGCCUCCACUGCCAACACCAAGAGCAGCCGGGCUGCUUCACCGCCCCCUGCCGGAACCUCAGGACCCAAAGCGAAUGGCGUCCCACCUUCCUCGGAAGCACAACAGCCGCCUCUGCCCAUUCAAGGGCCGCCUGGCGAAGCUCCUGCCAGUCAGCCUCUCAUGCCUGUCAUCACCAGCAGGGAGCCCGAAAGCAGUGACCUCAUCCCCGAGAGUAACCCAGGGAGGGUGAAGACCCCGGAGGACAUCAAGGACGAGGCUUUGGCAAAGGAGAUCAUCCACAAGGACAAGUCGCUGGCUGACAUCCUGGAUCCCGACUCCAAGAUGAAGACCACCAUGGACUUGAUGGAAGGGAUAUUUCCCAGCGGGGCCAGGAUGCUUCGAGAGAACUCGAAGAGGAAAAUGAUGCAGAAAAGGGCCAACAGCUCUGGCAGUGGGUCUGUCCUGCCCAGUGAUAGCAGGAAAGAUGAGAAAGAAGCUUCUGCCUCAACGCUGGCCACAUGCUCAGCUUACUACAACAUAUCAGUACCCAAAGCCGAACUCCUGAACAAAAUCAAGGAUUUGCCAGAGGAAACAGGUGGCAAAGAAGAGCAGGUGGCAAUCAAUGAGAAAAAGGCUGAACUCAUUGAGAGCUUGUCCCACAAACUGGAGACCCUGAAAGAAGCCAAGGAAAGCCUGCUGGCAGACAUCAAGCUCAACAAUGCCUUGGGAGAGGAAGUCGAAGCUUUAAUCAGUGGUCUAUGCAAGCCCAAUGAGUUUGAAAAAUACAGAAUGUUCAUCGGAGACCUGGAUAAGGUGGUCAAUCUCUUGCUUUCACUCUCAGGACGCCUCGCUCGGGUGGAGAAUGUUCUCAGCAGCCUCAGUGAGGAUGCGGAUAAUCAAGAACGGAGCUCUCUGAACGAGAAGCGGAAGAUGCUGGCUGGCCAGCACGAAGACGCCCGCGAGCUGAAGGAGAACCUGGACCGGCGAGAGCACGUGGUCUGGGACAUCCUAUGCAAUUACCUCUCGGGGGAACAGCUCCGAGACUACCAGCAUUUCGUGAAGAUGAAAUCUGGGCUGCUCAUAGAACAGCGUGAGCUGGACGACAAGAUCAAGCUAGGGCAGGAACAGCUCAAGUGCCUUCUGGAGAGCCUCCCCACAGACUUCGCGCUUAGCAGCAGAAAGGGAGCAGAGCCUCUAACAGCCACUGGGACAAGCCAACCUCCAGCUCCAGCAUCUUCGCUCUGACCUUUCAGACACGGCUGCGUCAAACCUUUUAUUCUCAGAUUUAUUUAAUCAGAAACCUCUUUUAACUUUUUUUUAAAAAAGAUUUGAAGGAGGGUUUAAUUAUUAUUUUUUAAUUAACGUGGCGGCGGGGAGGGGAAUAAACAGCACGGAAAGAUUUCUUUUUCUUCUUUGUCUUCUCCUGGAGAUCACGACUUAAAUCUGUUUGGAAUACAUUGAGAAGGGACUGGAUUCUUGCGGCCAAGCAAGAUGCAGAAGAGACCGGCAGCACGUUCUACGAGGGAGGUCAUUAGCUAAUUAUAAAUAAACUCAAGCUGUCCCUACUGAAGGAGUCUUGCCCCCCCCUUCUGAGCACCUGACGGUCGUUAAAAUAAUGAAGGAUAUACAAUAAUGAAGCCUUAAUUAAAAUAUUAAUGAGAGACCUGCUGUCUUGAACAAUAUCCAUAUUUAUAUUUUUUAAAGCUACAAGAUAGAAUUCUGUAAAGAUUUUGUACAUACGCUAACCAGUUAUCAAUUCUACUUCAACAUGUACGUAGGGGGGAAAUGGUUAAAUAUUUUUUUUUGUACUUAACAUGGGAAAAGAAAAGAGGAACACCCUCGUCCCCACCCAAAAAACAACAACAACACCCCAUAGUCACACACCAUAUCUAAAUAAAGGACUAGCAGGAAAAGCUACAGGCCAGGAUCUAAGGAUGUUUGCAUGCAGAAAGAUGUACUUGGUGAAUGUAAGCCCAGGUGUUGGAUGUGGGUACAGUUUGGCAUCUGGAGCAGGAGGCAGGUGGAAAGUGCAGCCUUGUUUUCCCUGGGCAAGGUUCCCCAGUCAGAGUGCUAUGGCUCUGUCAUUUUUCCUCUCUGCCCUGCAUGGUAGGAUCCAGUGCAGGUCCGCGAGCAGGGUCCCCACCUGUGUACCAUCAAGGCGGUCACUGGAUUGCAGUUUUUAUCUCUUUCAGUGCCCAGUGAAUGUUGCCAGUAAGUGACCUUUCCACGAAAGCGUUGCACAGCAAAAUCCCGUCUUCCAGAUCUGCAGUGCGAAGCAGCAGCCGUUGGAACAAGCACUUGUGUGAACCAAACAACUCAGGAGUCAACGUUUAACUGAAGCAAAGACAAACUUCCUCCUUGAGACUCUCUCUUGGGCUCUGUGAUAUUAUUAUUAUUAUUAUUUUUAAAAAAAGAAAGAAAGAAAAACAGUAACAAGAGAAAGCAUGGAACUGCAUGCAGCCUGCAAACUUAUUUGAAUUACUUCUUGAGGUGGUUCAUUGAAUGUCCUUAUUUAUGGAUUGCUUUAAAUGGAAACGGAAAUGAAAUCCUUAGCCUUGGUUGUUUCUUUUAAAUGUAGUGGUGCUUUGCUCAAACCCCAUUGGAACUGGCCAUCCCCCAAAGCCAUCUUUACCCAAAACUGAGGUGGGAAGUGCAAAAGUUGUGCAGGUAGAGUUGCUCACCCCACAGUCUCUUCAAUGUCUCUCUGCUAAAAGCACUCCCCUUUGUUUAGAUGGGAGACUAUGCAAAAGCCAGGUUCCGAUAUACACAUCUCCCCCAUCUUCCAAAUGAUCCAUAAUCCUAGUUCAAGGACACUUUCCAGCCAGGCGGAAGCCCUUGUGGAGGAAACAGUCGUUUAGGGGCUUAGCCUAGUGCAGGCAUAGGCAAACUUUGCCCUCCAGAUGUUUUGAGACUACAAUUCCCAUCAUCCCUGUCUUGUUGGCUAAGGCUGAUGGGAGUUGUAGUCCCAAAACAUCUGGAGGGCCGAAUUUGCCUAUGCCUGGCCUAGUGGAUAAGAGGCAAAGACUGAAAAAGAAUCCUUGGGGGUCAGAAGGGCCUAGAGGGUGACAAUUGGCUCUUGGAGGUUCAUCUAUGAUUUUGAUGAAACAGAAUACUGCCUCCAUGUGCUCUGCUCCAUUUCUUUUAAGACUUACUAAGGCAGCGAGAGAGAGAGAGUCCUUCCUGUUUAUGCUGAGUGACCAGCAUUCAGCAAAGACCUGGCUGCUUCUAGAUGCAUUGAGAGGUAGAACUACAUAGGAAAGUCAUGGUCGGCAGGUGUGGGUGGGCAAUGUGUCAGGAUAGAGCCAGUCAGCAGGAGAAAGCCUGUAGAUGCCCUCCUCCCACCUGCCAACUUUCCCUUGCUACCUACCCCACUCGUGGUGAGCAUUGUGGUAGAAACACAAAGCCUGCCUUUCACUCGUAAUGCACAGCUCUGCCCAGAGUUUAAUGACAAGGAACAGGAGUGCUAUUUUAAAGAGCAUUUCUUCCUAUAGGUUUUCAUUUUCGUAGCUUGCCCUAACUUUUGCAGCAUUGCCAGCGAGGCAAACAGCCGACCUCUCUUUCCAAACAAAGGGAUUUUGUUAUGUUUAAAAGAAAUGCAUGCCUAGCAAGCACACGGGUUCACUUAAUCGUUGAUUGAAGUGGCCCAAUCUGACUGCCGAAGGUGUCCCAGGGAAUUGGCUGAAAAGCAGAGGUGUUGUUGAGACUCCGCUCACCUGCAGCUUGUAUGCUAAAGCCCAGUGUGGUUGCUUAGCUCGGGUUAUAGACCAGUUGCAUCACCUUUGAUGUGGCUGGCCAAACUUUGGCUACCUCUGAUUUGAUGUUGCCGCUCCUGCAACCUGGAAUGGAUCCCCUUCUGUCCCUCCACAUGUUUCCACUAAGCUGGGAUGGGGAAUCUGUGGUCCUGGAGAUGUUGCUGAACACCCAUCAGCCCCAGCCAAGAUGGCAAGAUGGCUAAUUGUCCGACAUCUGGAAGGCUGCAGGACACUUAUCCUUGCACUAAGCUUCUGUGGCAGCUUUUUCCUAAUAUGCAAGGCCUGUUCAUUUUCACGGUGACUCUCUAACAAGCAAGGCAGUCUCAUAACCCCUCUUGCUUACAAACAUGAGCCAAGGCUGGAAAAAUGGUGAGUUAAACCAGCCAGGCACUCAUCAUACAGAUAGGACUAUUUAUUUAGCCAAGACUGGCUCUUCUCUACUCACCUUCAUGCAGUGCCAGCCCUAUCAUUAGGUAGAAUGCUAUGGCAACCUUCUAGCUGUUCCCUUCUGUUGGAGGAUACAGCUGCUUAUGGCACCCUGCCUGUCCUUAGUUCACAUGAUCUGGCACACUGACUCAGGUGCAACGGAGGAAGUUGUCUCAUCGCUAGUGUUGAAGCAAGAGUCUGCUGCCACUCUGGUUGGCUUCCAUAUGUGGAAUAGUGGGGAGAGAGGAAUACCAUCAUCUCCGCCUAGGGCAAGAUUUGCCCUGCAAGCUGCAUCACUUCCAGAUGUUUUCCAAGGUUUGAAAGUUUUAUAUGUUGCCCUGCAGAAGGGCAAGUCUACCGAAUGCUUAUCAUGUGCGUACUCUGGCUCAGAGCAUAUGCUGCCCGUGGGAAAGCUCCCUAGCCGAACUGCGAAGCCCAAAUCUCUUACAGUGGUGAUUUUGUUUUGCCUGUGUGAAAGGCAUUUCUUCCAACAAUCGAGGAGGUAUUUGGUUCAUCUCCGUUCAAUGGGGGUUUGUCCUCAACACUCUGCUAUCUGGUUGUUGAUUGGCUCCAAGCAGCUUCUCUGGCUCUGAUCCUUUAUCUUGCCGGAUAAAGUUUGUUCCAAAGAAACCAUGUUGAGUACUUUCCCUUUUGCUCUUUUUAGAGAAGCAAGCACAAAAGUCUAAAAUGCAUCUUUUAGCAGCAACUCGGCCUCAGAUCCAUAGUAUCCUAUUGAGCACUGUGCGGAAUCUCAACCCUUCACAAUUUAGGCUCCGCUGCAGUUCUAAGAUUCGGAAUCAGACCAAUUUUGCAGUGUAGGUGCUUUUUUUAUGACCCAAGGCAUAAAUUGUAAUACUGUUUGCUUUUGAUCAAUUGCCCUGUUGCUCUGGCUAGGAUGUUUCUUGGUUUCAGUAUAAUUGUGCUUAAUGACAUCAGUGAAGCUCUGGGAGGAUUUUGGACCAGUAGAACAGGGGUGGCCAACAUGGUGCCCUCCAGAAGCUGUAGGCCGACAACUCCCAUCAUCCAUGACCUUUGGCCUUUGCUGGCUUGUGCUGAUAGGAAUUGUAGUCUGAUAUUGUCUGAAGGGCACCAUGUUGGCUAAGCCUACCUUAGAGCAGGGGGGAUCUUGGCAUCCUUUUCCUCUGUGGAAAAGUCUUGGUCCUAGUAUCUCCUUAGGCUGUAUUGUAAGGCUCCUGUUUACACCGCAUCCUGUGAGUUUCCCCCACUGGUUUGGGAAGCGGUGCAUACAAUCCAAAACUAUCCUGUUUCUAUCCUGUCAUCCAUGAAAUACUGUGUUUUGAGACGGUAAGCUGUACAGACCCGAUAAGUUACAGGAGGUGGGAUAAUGGUGUCGCUAUCACUGAAAGAUGGAGAGCCCAUUUCUGGCUAAGUGCUAAGCUGGUUGUCAUAGGGCAUUUCUGGAUGGCAGGUUCAGUAGACCAACUGGGCUUGCUGCUGGUCCAAAGAGCACAGAGUCCAACAUGGGAUAGUACAGAGCAACCUUGUAUUUCUUGAGGUAACUCCAACCACAAGCAGCCUCCUUUGGUGAUGCAGUCCUGAGUGCCGAGUGGUGUGCCGUUGAAUAUUUACAAUGUCACCUGAGUGAGGACCAAGAUCCCAGGGCAAACUCGCAUCAGCUUUGCCAGUGAGACGCAGCCAGAAUUCUCUUUCUGCUAAUGCAAGAGAUCUUGUGCUAGCAGAUGGGUAAGCUUUAAUGUUAUGCAACUGAGAGAUCCUAAGCAAAAGUCGCAUUAGCAGAAAUCCUUCGUGCAACAGGCUGCUCCACCUAUUAUGCAACAAAAGUUACCAGCAAUUUGCUUAUGCAUUCUCUUGCCCAACAAUGCUUCACUGGUGCAAAACUUUUCUCCAGUGGAGCGCUAUACCACUAAAUGACUUUAAGGCAGCAUUGCAUUGAAUACACUCCAAUAUGCCCAUAAUCACUACUAGCCCCUUAAAAAUGUCCUAGCCCGCUUGCCUACACAGCCCUCUGUUGGGGUUUUGUGGCAUACAGAGAGCAUAGAGAGAAAACCCACCAACUCAUCGAAUUUAUAUAAGCUUCCCAAGCUGGUGGCCUAGAAAUUAUUCUUGCAUGCCCUCAAGCAAAUGGGCCAGACUGGCUAUAAUACAAUAAUGUGGUUCUGGUGGCCUUAAAAAUCCUUGUCUGUUUUGUGGCAGGCAAAGGGACUCUGGUUGUGUGCAUGUGUAGACAAGACACCAGGGCCGCGUCAAGACAUUUUGGCAUCUGAGGUGAGCCACAAAAUGGCACCCCUCUUCCCUGCCAGGAAGUCUGGACAAGUGAAGAUCUACAUCAACAACAAGGGGGAAUGAAGACCUACAUUGGGUUCUGCUGUCCCUGUUGAUUCUGCCGCCUGAGGUAGUCACCUCACCUUGCCUCAUGGGUUGGCCGGCCCUGCAUAGCACUCUUUUGUUCCUGCUCUGUGUGGGUUGUUGGUUGGUUAAAGAAAAGGGUUUGUUUUGUUUUUGCACUGCCUCAUCUAAAGAUUGUCAUGAUUCUCUGGGUUGUUUUUUAUGAAUGAUCAACAUUGGUAGAGGAUGGCGAUGUGUACUUGGAAACAAUUAAAGGUUAAUAGUUCACUGUGCAAUUGUUUCUUCCUGCCUUGAGUGUGACUUCUGA